UUUUGUCCGAUUAUACGCAAGACCUUUGACAUGAGACUGGUGAUAAAGAGAAUGCUCAUCUUCAUCACUAUCGGCGAUGAUUUCUGAGUCGCAGGGAUCUCUAGCUAAAAGUAUACUUCUGCUCAGUCAGUCUAUUCGUUCCUGCGGUUCGGAUCGGUUCGUGAUCUUCCUGCACCAGUUGAGUGGAGUUCUUUCGGUUUGUGGUCUGGUACAUACUGAUAGUGAUUAGGAGUUACACUGUCACUGAUGAAUGCAAAUCAUGUGCCGUGUUCGAGUAAAAUGAGUGAUUAAUGAAGUAUUGUUUAUUUGCAUAUCAGAAGACUAAAGUGUAUGCAAAUAUGGAGCGGCGAAAAAGUGUAGUUAAUGGAUUUAUUUUAAUUCUCGUACUGAUUGUCACAGUUGACGGUUACAAACGAAAUCCCCUUAAAGAUCCUCGCAUAUGUGGGCGACCCAUGUGCUCGGAUACUAAUAAUAAGUUCCGGUACAGCGUUGGCACCUUGUACAAGUAUGACCAUUCUAUGUACGUAAAAACCGCCCUGGUCGGUAGUGGUGAUAACAUCUCCGAGCUACACAUAUCAUCCGUCGUGGAGAUAGAUUACUAUGCGCCCUGCCAGGCUAUACUACGACUGUACUCGAUUGAAGUACGGGAACAACCGGUUCAGGAAACUGAAGAGACGGAUUUUGAGUAUGGAGAGGAACCGAGCGCCAAUGAUAAUCACGAAUCUGAUCAGGAUGAACCGGGUGGUGUGCAUCCGAACAGUGAAGUGAUUGCUGAGGAACUUACGCGCUUCGAACUUCGUUUUGCCUUCCACGAUGGCACGAUCAGCGAGAUAUGCCAUGAAAACAAUGAGCCGGUGUGGACGCUGAAUUUGAAGCGUGGAAUACUGUCAACCCUGCAGAACACGAUGCCUCGGUUUGAUAUUGACUACGAAACGACGGAAACCGAUGUAUCCGGUAUAUGCGAUGUGAAGUACAGUACGAACGGUCGCAAUGGGACCAGUCUGAUGUUCCGCAAGAUGAAGAACAUCAUGUCUUGCAAGCGGCGGUACAAGACUAUAUCGUUUAUUCAAACGGUAGCGUACGAUUUUCGAUCGAAUUAUGUUGCAUGGCCCAUUCUCAACUCUACUAGUUAUUGUGAUAUUUGGAUUGACAAUUCGAUCUAUAAAAGCGUCAUCUGCUACGAACGUCAUCAACUGGAACCAUUUUCACACGGGUUGACCGGUGCAGUGACUGAAACGUCCAACAAACUAGAGCUGGUCGAUGAAGAGAUAUAUUCUCACGAUAGUCACACAAACGAAGAGAUCGACAUACAGCACCGCUCUUCGUUGCUGUAUGAUCACACGCCUUCGGUACGCGAUAGCCACAACGAAAAUAAAGCUGCCCGGGAAUUGUUGAUCGAGCUUUGCGCCCAAGGUUUUCCCAAUAUUAAGCGUGAAUUCCCCGACGUAUUUCUCAAAUUUCUUACUGCGGCACGCGUUCUAUCGGAUACGGCACUUAGCGAGUUAGUAAAACGCUCGAAAUCUAUUUGCGAGAAUGGGCAAAACCACUUGAUGGAAAGCUUGCCCUAUAUCGGUACUGCCGCGUCGGUAAAAGUCAUGAAGGAUCAAAUCGUGGAAGGAGCAGUAAAUCAUCCACUGUCUAGCAAAUGGAUGGAAUCUUUUGCCUACCUGACGCGUCCAAACGACGAAGUUCUGGCAGUGAUGAAGGAGUUGAUCGAGUACGGUAAGGAAUCCGGUAAUCAGACGUAUCUACUAUCGGCAACAGCGGUAGUACACACUUUCUGUACAAUUAACUCCGACUGUGCGGAAGAGGAGGUAGUACAGGCGAUCGUACAGAAUCUGGAAGAAGAAUUGCUCGAAAAGCUGCAGGGUGUGGGACUGGAUCUUGUGCAUGAUCGUCGGAAGCAUGAACGCGUGAUCGUCCUGCUAAUGUCACUUAGCAACAUGGGUGUGGUAAACGAACGCUUCAAUUAUGAGCUGCGAAAAAUUAUCGAAGGUGAUCAAUAUCCGACGGCGGUUCGCGUGGAAGCGGUGAACGUGUUUCGGCGCAGUGACUGUACCCGCACGAAAGAUUACUUUAUGAAGCUGUAUUCGUCGUUCCAGCUGGACGUGGAAGUGCGCAUUGCCGCAUACUUACAAGCCAUGCGAUGCCCAGAUUAUUUGUCGGUGAAACUAAUCAAGCACGUGUUGAAAACGGAGGAAGUCAACCAGGUUGGUUCGUUUGUAUGGUCUCAUUUGACAAAUCUUGCCAAAAGUGCAUCACCCGUGCGGGUCGCAACGCAGGGCCUGUUGGCAGAAAAUGGAGAAAACUUUGGAAAAAAGUUCCGACGAGACGUGCGUAUGUUUUCGCGCAACUACGAACAGACACUGUUCUUCGAUGAGUAUAACUUUGGGUUGACGGUCGAUAGCAACGUUAUCUUCAGUACCGAAUCGUACCUACCUCGCUCGGUUCGGUUGAAUUUGACAACGGAUCUGUUCGGCGAGUCGAUCAACUUCCUCGAGCUAAAUGUUCGACUUGAAGGCUUAGAAGAUUCGGUACACAGAUUGUUUGGUCCGAAUGGAACGUACAGCGCCAAGAUGGUUAAUGAACAAUUGAUGAAGCACAUGAAGUUCCUGCGCCAAUAUAUUCCCGCACAAAUUUUGGAGCUGUUUGAAGACGAUACGAUGAUGAGCGAUGAUUUAGACGAUGUUGAAGACAGUGGACGUCGAAAGCGUGCCGUUGCACAACGAUUGCCAGCAUUGAUCGCGCGGAAAGUACAGGACGAAGUGGAUAAGCUCGGAUACCACCUGAAAAGUAAUUUCAACAAUCCACUGUUCACGGUUGGUGUCAAGAUAUUUGGCAAUGAACUGAGCUACUAUACGGAUGGAUUAGAACUGUGUAACAUAGAAAAUCAGCGCAAAAUGUUAAAGGAUUUAUUUUCUGGUAAAGAACGUGCUUACACGAAAUCGUCCGUUUUUUUGGACACUUCAUACGAUGUGCCGCUCAGCUCCGGGUUACCCUUGUCUUUGGGUCUGGUAGGAGCAUCGUCUGUCGAUCUACGUAUGACAGGCAUUGUCCGUGCUUUAGAGUUUACCCGGUUUUUGGCUGACAUGGAGGGCAGAAUAAAACCGAGCGUGACGAUAGACAUGACGGCCACAAUGAAAAGCGACCUUAUGUAUGCCGGUACGGCGAUCAAGGUGAAGACCAACCUAUACUCGAGUUCGGCCUGGUCGGCACAACUGAAGAUACGCGGAAAGGAACAAGCUGUGCUGCAGGUCAGUUUGCCCCAGGAUCGUAACGAUAUCUUAAGCAUCCGUUCGGAAAUGCUUGUACUGACGGGAAGGCGGGAAAUACGCCAGCCUGGUAUUGAGAGUCGCUAUUCUAACUCCACCUGUACAUGGCCUUUUAUCGAUCAAGCGAUCGGUUUGAAAAUGUGUGCGAACUAUAGCAUGCCAAACGUAAUUAACAACGGUGACAUCGUAGUUCCGAGUCUUAUUCUUAGUGGACCGGUCAACUUUGAUGUCAGCCUGGAGAAGGCAGAUCUGACGGCGAAAAUGUUUGUGCUGAAGUACAGCUGGACCGAGCGGCAAAAUCACACGAUUGUGUCGGUGCUCUUUGAAACUCCCAACUCCCACAUUCCACGAAUAUUCCGCGUAAAUGUAACGCACGAAGUGCAACGUAAAACGGCUAGUAUGUCGUUUGUGAACGGCAAUAUCUCGCAUAAGGCGGUCGGUAUUUACAUUAACAACCCGAAACAGCAUCGUAUGGAAUUGUCGUUGAAUGUGAAUGAUCGUAAAUACUUGGCGUUGGAAAUGGGCUACAACAAGACGGAGACUCGCAACGGGCGGAUGUACUACCCGAUGUUCUAUUUGUCAAUAAAUAACGAACGGAUUGCGGGCAUGAAUGGUCAAAUUAGGCAGACGGCCAAAAACAACGUCUCACAAUGGGACUAUACGAUUAUGUUUGAGACGAAGCGGGUUCGAGCGAAGACGAUCGGUUACAUAUCGAUUUCGUACGAUGCGACAUACAUGAUCCACAACUCAAUGGAAUAUCAGUUUUCCUCAUCGAACAAGGUCGAACAUGUGGUAGUCAAUGCAUUGGCAGAAGCGAUCAAAAAGGAUUUAACUCUGUACCGCGGUAACUUUGAUCUACGUUCUAGUGCUUAUCCAAAAUUUGAUGUAGCGCUGAAUGCAACAUUGGUACAGGGAAUAGGCCGCUUUGAUUUCACAUUGAUACACAACAAUGCACCGGAUUUAAAGGACAGAGCUUAUAGGACCAUAGCAAAAAUUAUAUUCGCCAAUGACAACCCUUACCGCAGUCAACAGAUCUUGGCGGCUAAUAACCAGCAAUCAAUGGAGAACCCGAUCGAACGGACAGUUUUAUCGUUCGAACUCAACAGCACUCAAUCAAGGACCGAAACAAAAGCAAUGAUUGUUCACGAGAAUAUGCUGAAGAAGGGUAUAGAUCAUACAAUCCGGGUAUUGCUUCGAUACGCUCCCAAGCGGGACAUUGAAGGUGUGGUGUCAUUUUCCAUCCCCCGCAAACAGUUUUUCAGCUUCGAUGGAAGGUUCAAUCUGACCGUGCCAGGCUUUCAUCCCUGUACUGCUUCUAUAAAAUUAAAGGAAAAAUCCAAGAAAGAGCAUAGUUUCGAUUUCAAAGGAAUUUGGUUCUCGAUGCACGCACUCAAUGUUAGUGGUUGGUACAAGGAUCGUAGCUCGAACGUGAAAAGUUACCAUCAUGCAAAACUGGCGGCACAAAUUGGACCUUCGUAUAGGGAAGCGUUCGGCGAUCUGGUAUAUAUCCAGGACGAGCUGGACAAUAGCCUGACUGUAAGAGCGGCUUAUGACAAGAAACCGUACCAGCUCAUUCUGCAUAAACAAAAAGGGGAAAAUGGCACAAGAACCGUCGGGAAGCUGCAAUGGAAAGAUGAGCACUAUGGAGUUUCAGCAUUUCUGCAAUCGGUGCCGGUGAAGCAACUGGAUGUAGAGUUACAUAUUGACAAAGUUCGCGAUAUCAGUGUGUCCCUUCGAGGCUAUUCGACUGCGCUCAAACGGGAAAUCGGUGUAGAAUUCAAGUGGGAUGCUAACCGUGAUCCAACGCAACGAUUUGCAUUAUCGGGAGAAUUGAACACCCCAAGGGAUCGGGUUUACGAUGGCAUAUUUCUACUAUCCUAUCCUAACCGCACCUUUAGCGGCACAUUCGACUCGAUGUUGAGUGAUCCAAAAUAUUUGGCAAAUGCUCGCAUCUCGUGGAAUUCCAGCGAAGCAAUUGUGGUACAUUUGGAUGCCCGCAAGGAUGAUAACUUUUUCCCGAAAAUGUCAUUACUGUUGGAAUUGAACUCAACGUUUGAAGAGUGGCCCCAAAAUGUGCUGAACGGAACAUUCGUCUUUAAGGAUAAUAAACUAAUUACGAAUCUAAUUGCAAACUGGGCCAAAGAUAAGAAACUGGCGCUGGAACUGAUGGGCUAUUACUUGUCGAACGAACAAGUCUUUGACUGCGAGCUGGACACGAAACUAACUAGUACCAUCCUACCAGUCCCAACAGCAAAGCUGCACUUGAAGCACAAAUAUACUGCCAACCGGUUCGAGACGAUAUGUUCCAUGAAACACAACCCAGCUGACCAGCCGCCACAGGUGUUCUCCCUUCAUUCCAACUGGCAGUACGAUGUGGAUAAGCAAUACAACAAUAUAACGGGAUCACUAAAACUGAUCAGCCCGUUCAACAGCUAUCGAACCGGUACACUUGUCACCAAGAUAUCUUUCAACGAAAACCGCACCAUAACCGGAGCCGCCGAAGUGCAGUUAGACGAUGAUCAGUACGAAAUGGUAGUGGAAGGACAUGUACGCAAUCUAGUCGAUUGCAUGCUGACGACCAACAUUACCUCCUCGAACGUAAACUAUCGUAAUAUUAAUGGGCGUUUUGGUGUGAGCGAAAAGAAUCGACAUCUUGUAGCCGAGGUGAUCACACCGAAAACUGCGCUCGGUAUAGAACUCCUGUACGCGGUCGUCUCGACACAGAACUUUGACGUAAAGUUCCACCUCGCCACGCCACUGAAGGAUCUGGAAAAGGUGAUUCUGCGCGGAAAGCUACAAUCGGAUAACAUUGAUUUCCGCGCCGGUAUGAAUAAUAUGGUACUGGGCUGUACUGGCGUGUGGAGGAAGUUACAUUUGAAGGAUUUCGAAUAUUCUUAUCGCAUCUACACACCACUGCAGAAGUUUGAAGAGAGUGCAUUGAUCGCUAAAGUUGUUAUCGACAGUAAGCGACCAGAGUACGUAGAUGUGGAACUCUCGGGCAAGUUUUCCGAUUAUAAACUGGGUCUGAAAGCGAUUUCAAGACCGAAGCCGAAUCUUAUACUACAGCUGCUAUCGCAAUCGCCACCCUCGUUUGGCGAAGGCGAUCAGGAUAUUGAUGAAGUUGCAGAUGAGGUGCCAGAAGAGGAGGACGAAUACGAAGAUGAGGAGGAUGAACAGAAUUUGCUUAACUUUAUCGGCGAUGUUGAGCUAUACACCAUUGUCUUACCAACGAUCGUAGGUACCUUGGAGCUGACAGAGCAAAAUUCGCGAUAUCGUGCAUUCGGUAAGCUUAAACUACCACAAGGUGACAUCGACAUCCAUAAUCGGUUCUAUCUCAAGGAUUUCCUGAACAUGCAAAACAAUUUGCGUCUCAAGACGCCUUUCCCGGUGGCGAAUACGAUAACGUCGGAGUUUAUACUGAAGUACUCUUACCUAGCGACGGACAUAACGGCUGGUAUGAAUGUAAAGUUUAAUAAUCGUUCGGAAUGGGUCAACACUGGCUUCCGUGUGAACUACAAGUACAGUCUGGAUGAAGCUGAGGUGCAUAAACAUCAAGCGCUUGUAGAUCUUAUGACUCCGAUGAAAAAUUUGCAGAAAGUUUUCCUAAAUGGAUCGCUAGAGUUGGAAGAUCAUAGUUAUAAGGGAAAUUUGACCGCAAAAACCAUGACCACAGAUGCAUCGUUGGCAUUGUCCUUUGAGAGUGAAGAUGAAUUUAUCGAUACGUUCAUGAGCAUUUGGGUACGUGCGCCUUUAAUGCCAUACUAUGCAUGCCGUGUAUUCUACAAACAAGAUUUCUCCAACACCGAAAACUUGAUGGAUUUAGGCUUCAUGGUAAACGACGGAGAUUUGUAUAGCAAUCUCCGCAUGGAUGGAAGCUGGUCAUUUGCGAAGCCACAUUACAUAAAAGGCGUUGGAAAAUAUCAAUCGAACUUCUUGCCGAUUAAUUUAAUCAAUACCGAUUUCUUAAUCACUCGAUCGCCAUUGCCUAAAGCUUAUUGCAAUGUUAAAUUCCACGACAAGAAUGGUCUGGUAGAGGAAAUCAGAGCUAAGGCGGAGCGGAACCGUGAAAUGUUCACGAUUGACCUUAGUGUACCGAUGGAGGACUACAAGAAUUUAUCCAUUCAUGGACGUUUGCAGCAUCGUCAGGGCAGUGAGUACGCCGUAUCCGGACAGCUGUAUCGCAACGAGUACGUUUUCCAGCUGGAAGGCGACGCAACGAUCACGGAAGACAUUCCGUACAGAGCUGAGCUAGUGUUUCAGCCACUUUCUGCGGAAGGAUCGAUUGGAUCGAUUCGGUAUCAUUGCAAAAAGAAUUCCGCCAUCACCGAAUUAAACCUGGAGCUCGAAAGUGGUGCUAAGUUAGCUAAAUUGGACGGCAGCUUCAAGCUGUCGGCAAUGUCUGAUUGGUUUAUGAAGCUGGGCUUGGAAUCGUCCGAGCCGAGCUUAAAAAAGGUAGAUUUUAAUAUCGGAAUUAGCCCGGAAGCGAAUGGAAAAGCACUGGGCAAGUUUAAUUUGCAUUCUCCCUGGGUAAAUUAUGGAGUCGAUCAGGCAGAUAUCGAGAUGAUUUUCGAUGUACAACCAAUUUCGGGCUCAGUUGUUGCGCGAUACAGCAUUAGAGAUGUGUCGGGCGAUGCCAGUUGUCUGUGGAACUGGGCACUAAAGUCGAACAUGCAGUUUGCCCUGGAGAAUCGGGUACUAAGAAACUCGGUUGAACGGUUCUUCCGCACAGGCGUACGGUAUGUGAGCCCGGAUGUGGAAAACAACCAUAACUUUACCUUUGGUGGUGAUCUCAACUUGAAUAACAUCUGGAUGUUUAGCGCCAAUGCUUCAGUAGAUUUCAUUUCUAUACGUGAUCUGUCGGCUGUGAUGAGAGUACUACUACCGAAACCGGUGGGAGAUAUUCACACCUUAGGUUUUGCUAUGAACGGAGAUCUACCCUUUAUGGAGCAGGUAAAAACGUUCAAUUUCGAAACUUCAUACGAAACGGAUGAAAGCCGCAAACGGUACGCCUACCAUACGGAGUACAGUGCUUUGGGUGAUCUUCGGGCACUGGUACGUUUUGAUUGGGGUUCCGAUAUUCGCAAAGAAAGGAUUCAGUCAAUGUUGAACAUAUUCCGAAAUGGCGAUAGUCGUGAGUUAAUGGCACGAUUACGAGGACCAUGGUACUUGGAAGAUGCAUUUUCGGCUCACGGAACAUUCAAUAUUGUCGAUUUAUUAUAUCUCUUUAGUGGCAAUAUUUCGAUACCGGCUUCAACAAAGGUGGCAAGCGCUAAUGUGGCGUUUACCAAUCUGUCUAACAUGAAGGGUGAUUUUAAUUGCACGACUUCCUUCUUAAACGUUUCCUGGAUCCAUGGACAGCUAGAGUUUAUUGAAAAUCCGAUCGAAUCCAUACGGUACUUGAAAGGAACGUGGCCUGAAUCGAGCGCCAUUUUUGAUGCGAAAGCAACCUAUCGGAAAAAUAAUAAUGCUCGCGAGCAGCAAGGCACGAUUAAGAUCGAAGUUCCGUUGCAGACUAGACAUUUUGCGGAGGUCAAAUAUGGUCUAGCGCAGCGACCAUUAAUUACUAACGGUCAUGCAGAGAUUGACUACAACAGUGAGAAGGUGCUGAGCGGACAAUACACCUCGAAAGAGGAAUCAAGAGCUGGCUUUGAUAAGGAAACGAUAGAUGUUACAUUGAGGAAUAAAUACAUGCCGGUAGGAGUGCUUUAUGUGCACUCCUUAAGCACGUUAGACCCAGUCGUACGAUCGAUGGAUAUCAAGCGCGCUGAAAUUUUCCAACUGGACAAUAAAACAAAUUUCAACAUUACCGGAGAGCUGCAUGUGCUGAAGAAGGAAAUGGGCGAUGAGUAUCUCGUGAAAGCUAUCCACUCGAACCGGACAGUCGUUUUGACGGCCGAAUUCGAAGAGGAGAAUAAUGUGAGCAAAAAGAAAUCCAAGUUGCAACUAUCACCCACCGUGUGGAUUGCGUACGAUUUUAAGCUUACCAAUCGAUCGCGGGAUGAUUUGGCAUCACAGAAUUUUACGCUGCAAAUAUCCUACCCGAAACGAAACAUUUCAGCGGACGGAUGGUACUCGUACACGAAAAAAACUUUCGAUUCGGAUGUUUCAUUUUCGUACAGCCCGAAUCGCACUGAGGACGAAAGUGAAGUACCUAAACAACGUACCAUUCGAGGCGGAAUUGAGUGGCGUGAUCUUUUAAACAGCACCACCAACGGACAGCAUAUUCGUGUGGCUCUAGGACAUCCUAGCUUCCAGCAGGAUGUCACGAUGAAUGCACAUUACUUUACCGAUCCGAAGCAUUGGUUCAGCUCCAUGAUGGAACUACGUUACAAUGAUGAUGAUGAGCAUCUGGUGGCAAUGGGCUUUGAUUUAAACGAUCUAAAACCAGUCGUUGGCUAUUGGAACUAUUCGUACCAUCUUUUUAGUAGGCACGAUGCAUCGGACCUGGACCUGGAUUCGAUUGGUUCGGUCGGUGUAAGACCAGGAUUGUACGGUGUUAGUUCAAAUUCACACUACAAACGUGCCUAUCUGUCGCAGAUGCAUGGACACGUGCUAGGCUCGAUAAACGUGCGCCAGAAGGAAGUGCACUACGAGCGUAUAACAUCUCAAAGCAAAUAUCGCCUGUGGACGAGGGCUGAUGGUGCUUAUCCGAUGUAUCGGAUCAAUGGAACGCUUUUGGAUGGCCCAGACGUAGAUGCAGUUGGGUUCUUCUAUCUUAACAUCGACGACAAACUGGUGCAGAUGAAGAUCAACGUAACACCCGACGGUUCAGAAAAUGUGCACAUGUAUGGUAUCAUUCCGGAUUCGCGCAGCGCUUACUUCGACUUCUGGCGAGACUAUGAUGACGCGCGCGAAGUAGACGUGACCUACUAUCUUAAGAUGAACCAUUCGCGGUUAAUAACUGGGCACCUGCUGUGGCGCCCCCAGAUCAAAUCGGAUGUGCAGAGCUGGAUUAAAGAUUACGUUAACCGAAUGCACCAUGGAUUGCUGGAGUACGCCGAGUUUUGGAUCAAGCAUAUAUACUUAGAAACGAAGGACACAACGGCAGGCAUUUCCGAGGCCGCGCUACCAUACAUAGAAGGAUUGCUUGAGGAUGUUGCUGGUUUAAGCGUACUGCAAAGCGAUUUGGAAGAUUUGGAAAAGUUUCUCAACGCGUCGUAUACGGCGGACGAUUUCUACAUUCGCUCUGCUAUUAAUUUCACCGUCACGGUUCUGGACGAGCUGGCGAUAAGAAAUAAGAUAACGUCAUUGCCAAAGAUUCUAACCGAACUGUGGCAAGUGAUGGGCGAAUCGGGUGAAGCAUUUGGCAAAUCGAUCACCUGGUUGCUGGAGCGCGUGAAACUCACGUACCAGAAAUUUAUCGAUAUCGUUGGAAGAAUUUUCCAAGGUGAUGCCAUGCGUUACUUGUCCGCUUCGCUGGAGAACUCCCUGGAACGGUAUGAUAAAUUCGUGAAAGACAUUCAUUUGCAGUUUAUAAAGAACAUUCAGGAAAUUUGGGAAAAGUCUGUUAGCAUGGCAACAACAUUCUGGCACAAGAUGCUACAGAACAUAGAGCCUACGAUAAUCCGGCUAGCGCAUUACGGUGAAUCGCUCGGCUGGUAUGUUGGAAAUGAAAUAUUUACAUUUUUGUACAAUAAAACGCAAGAGAUAGCAGACUCUCCGUACUUUAAUACGGUCACCAACUUCACCCAAGAUCUGGACAAUCUUUACAAGGAUCUGGUGACGAAUGAUAUGUUUACGAAUUUGGAAAAAUACUCAUCUAUAACGCGGCGUUUCCUGUGGAAAAAAUACUUCCAACUGGUACCAUUCGCACGAGAGUUGUACCAGGUAGGGGAAGGGCUAAAGGAAGAGAUCAAGGAGCUGCGCAAGAUCGAGUACGUAGAGUUUUUCCUACAACGUUUCAACGAAGCGCAAGCGAAGGUAGAAUGGCUUGCCGAAGAGUUUCAGGUUAAGAGACGCUUACGUCAACUGUGGGUAAUCAUGCGCAAAAAGCUGUCGCACAUAGCGCAGACCGCUUUACAGACUGAAAAUCAAUAUCGUGAGGCAAAAACCAAGUUCAUCUUUGAUCCUGAUAAUGGAAUUAUCGAGCUGGAACAGAAGCUUCCCAUGUCGUGGCAUGCGUUCAACGAAACACCCAAAUUUGAGGAGAUACCUGAGUUUAAGUACAUCAGUGACGUACAGGAGCUGUUUGCCGGUAGCAAUAUGACGUUCUGGACAUUAUGGCAGCAAAUUUGCCCGUUGGUUAAACCCCAAAUGUGGUUACCACCGUUUAAGAGUGUUGGACUGCUGAUCGGCUCGAGACACUACAUGUCGUUUGAUAAACGUUUCGUAUCGCUUGAGCUGAAUGAUUCGAACAAGUGCCGAUACCUGCUGGUACACGAUUACCACAAUCAAUCGCUUACGCUGCUUUUGGAACCAUCGCUACAAAACUAUGAGCAACCAUCCCGACAGAUCACGCUCAUCACAGAUGAGGAUACAAUUGCGAUCGAUGUGUUUAAGAUGUCGGUGAAAAUCAACAACAAAGAGGCAACUGCAUUGCCUGCAAUGUUAGGCAGGGAGACGGAAGUUUUCCAAGAGUCGGACCUGUUGUACGUGCAGUCACAGCGUGGUUUCCUGCUUGCAUGCAGUCUUCGGUACCACCUAUGCUGGUUGGAAUUGGACGGAUGGUACUUCGGCAGGGUUGCCGGAUUGCUCGGUACAAUGAACAAUGAACCGUUUGACGAUCGGAUCACCUCCAUCAAUCAAUACAGCGAAACGGACGAUCAGUUCCUUAACAGCUGGGCAAUGCCGGGUUGCAGUUCGCAAGUUACUACGACGAAUCACACCAGCAACUACUACAGAGCUUCGAACAAGCUUAGCCAGGUGUGUGAAGAGUUCUUCCACAGUAAGAUGUCGUACUUAGCCUCCUGCUUCUCGGAAGUUGACGCUACGCCGUUCUACGAAAUGUGCAUGGAUUUGGGCAACAAUCUGCAGCCCUCUAAUGAUAACACUAACUAUCAGGGUGCGUGCACUGCUGCAGUGGCAUAUAUGCAGGCUUGUAUGCUGGAGGAUACCCUUUUGCGCGUUCCAGAUAAAUGCAUCAGCUGUUUGCUAAUGAAUGGAAGCUAUGUACCAGAGGGAACCUUCGUGCCAUUGCGGAACGAAAGUGUGCCGAAUGCAGCCGAUGUUGUGUUUAUCAUUGAAGCAAAACCCUGCAACGAUCAGUUUAUGCAGACGAAGAGUAUCAAUCUGCUGGUGGAGGAUAUCAACAGUGAGCUGAAGGCUUUGAACAUUAGCAAUACACUGUUCAGUGUGGUGGCGUUUGGCGGUUCGGCACCGUUUGAUCGUCCGCACAGUGUUGUCGUUGGAAACAAUGUGUUCGAAACGCAUAAUCGGUUGCAACCAUUCUUCGAUCAUAUCACGAUCGGCAAUGGUACGAACGAAGACAUUUUCGACGCCAUCAUAAAGGCUUCGAAGCUCGUUUUCCGUCCGGGAGCGUCGAAAACGUUCAUAUUGCUACCGUGCUCGCGUUGCUUCGAAUCCAGGAUGAGGCUAGACUUUUCCUCACUCGCGCAACUGCUCAUCGAGUACGACAUCAAGCUUCACAUCCUGGCAGAUCAUGAACUAUCGUUCCAAAAGUCUCGCGUUUCCCGAUUGUUUUACGGUAUGGAUAGCAAACUGGCUUACACGAAGAAGGAUGUAAAGAAGCUAGUCGGCGAUAAGGCAUUGCGGCAACAGAUUCACCUGCCAAAGAAAACGCUCGGCGAAUGCAUUGCGCUAGCGCUGGAAACAGACGGGUCCAUAUUUGGGGGCCACAAGCUCCGCCAGGAUCGUUCCAACACGAACAACACGAAGAAGUUUAUCAAUGUGUUUGCGAAACGUAUUGCACUGUCCGCCAUACCGAACAGGUGUCAAACGUGCGAAUGUACUGGACACAAUGCCGGUGUGGCGUACAUGCAGUGCACACCGUGCCACUAUCCUUCACCGUUCUCGAUGGAGGAUGACGAAACGACGGAUGAUAUGUUCCUACUAGCGAUGCAGCCAGAUGACGAGUUUCUGUUGGACGAUGGGUUAAUUGGCACAGUUUAGGAAAAAAGAAAAGAGGAGCAUAGAAGGGAACUGAAAGUGGAACGUUAGUUUUCUAAGCAUUAUGCAAAUUACGCAGCUAAUUUCUAGAGUAAAUUUAUCCAACAAGCAAAACGAAGGUAACGGAAACGGGUGUUUCUGAUUCUAUUUAGUGUUAGUAAAUAGUAAAACUAAGAAAAGCUAUGAUAAAUCACCUAAUUAGAGCUUGUUCGAUUGUGAAAAUAAAAACAAAAUAAAAACACUUUGCCCUUAGGAAA